AUGGCCGCUGCGGCCCGGCGACUGCUGGCGGCCCUGCGCGAGGAGGAGCCGCGGGCUGUGGAGGAGCUGCUGCGCCGGGGCGCCGACCCCAGCCUGGUGCUGGAGGAUGGCGCGGCGGCGGUGCACCUGGCGGCCCGCGCGCGCCACCCGCGCGCCCUGCAGUGUCUCCGCAUCCUGCUGCGCCGGGGCGCCGACCCCAAUGCUCGGUCCGCCGAGGCGCUGACGCCCGUGCACGUGGCCGCCGCGUGGGGCUGUCACGGCGCCCUGGAGCUGCUGCUGAGCCGCGGGGGCGACCCCACGCUGAGAGACCAGGACGGGCUCCGGCCCCUGGACUGGGCGCUGCGGCAGGGGCAUCACAACUGCGCACGCGUGCUGCGGGACCUGGACACGCCCACCCGAGCCCGGGAGGAGACCCCGAAGCCCGCCAGGAAGUUUCCUGUAGCCCCGGCUGGCCUUGAAUCCGCCCUGUGCCCAGGACGUGUCUUUGCGGGGUCUCCUGGCAUCGCUACACCUCCGGAUGCGUCGCUGGACUCGGGGCAGCACAGGCGCAGAGCUGAGCCGGCGGCUGCCGGGAAGGUGGUGGUGGAGCCCCGGAGCCCGGAGGCUGCCGGGAGCCCGGACUGCAGCAGCAGCAGCGACUCCUUCGUCACCGCGUUGGAGGACUCUCUGCAGCCCCGGCGCCCUGCGGGGACACCGGGACCGGCGGGCAGCCCAUGGCUGUCCUGCGGGGCCGAGGUGGCUGGGGACGGGGCACUAAGCUGCCAGCUGCAGGCCCUGAAGUUGACCACAGAGGCCACCAGUGUCCCCUCCCUGCCUGGUGAUGGGGACCCGGGGCCCCCGCACCCACAAGGUCCGGUGCCUCCCAUGUCUGACCUGCAGCUGCUCCAGGCCCUGAGGGCGCUGGGCUACAGUCCUGGCCCCGUCACUCCUUUUACUCGAACACACUACCUGCGGCGGCUGCAGGAAGCCCAGGCUAGCCCGGGGCACAGUCCAGAACUGGCCGAGGCGCUGAGGACAGGCCGCAUCCCUGACUGCCAGGCGGAUGAGGCCGCCCUGGCUCGGCACUUUCAGCAUCCGGAUCCCGCAAAGAGGUGGCGGGAAGGCGCCGCCAAGUCCAGCUUUACGUAUCUUCUUCUCGACCCCAGGCAGACGCAGGGCCUGCCCGCCCGAGCCUCCUCCCUCACCCUGACCGAGAGUCUACAAUGUUUCGUGCAAGCCAUCUUCUAUGUGGGCAAGGGGACCCGGGCCCGGCCAGAUGCCCACCUCUGGGAAGCCCUCGGCUACCGUGAGCGGCCAGGGAAAAAGGCCUGUCCCAAGGUCCGCCGGAUCUUGGAUAUCUGGGCGAGCGGCCGCGGCGUCAUCUCCCUACACUGCUUCCAGCACGUGGUGGCCGUGGAGGCGUACACGCGGGAGGCCUGUCUGUUGGAUGCCCUAGGGAUCCAGACACUGACCAACCAGAAACAGGGGCACUACUAUGGAGAGGUGGCCUCUUGGCCACCCACGCAGCGGCGGCGUUUGGGUGUGCACCUGCUACAUCGCGCUCUGCAGGUGUUCCUGGCCGAGGGGGAGCGAGAGCUGAGGCCCCAGGACAUCCAGGCCCGAGGCUAAGUGCUGAGGACUUGACCAUGAAGCCGGAGCCUCUGGGGUGUCUGAGCGUCCCAGGGGCAGGUCCCUGCCUGUGUCCCGAGCUCUGGCUUCAAAGGCAUAGUGUGUGUGUGUGUGUGUGUGUGUGUGUGAGACUGACUGGUGUGUGUGUGUGUGUGUGUGGUGUCCCCAGGGCUUCCCUACCCCUCUGCAUCCCUGUGCUGUGUCAGCCCCUUGCCCUCCAAGCAUCCAGCCGCAUGAAGCUGUGGCCUGCCUACCCCGUCCUCACCCUUCUCCACCAACAAGUGGCUGUCUUCCUCGGGGAGCUCCAGGAAAACCCGCAGCAGGAUCUGUGGGCACACCAGGAAGUCCCUCCUGCUGUCCACCCUUCAGCCCCACCCAGUGGGAUCCUCAGGAUGGCCCGUGGCCCUGCUGGAGCCUCGCCAGGUAUUCAUUCACUCGGUCACCGCCCAUUCAGCGCCUGCAGCGUGCCCCGGGUAGGACUUCUCAACCUCGGCUCUGCUGACGCUUGGGGUUGGGCCGUUGCUAUAGGGACAUCAUGUGUGUUGUAGGGUGUUGAGCGUCCUCCUUGGACACCCCCGACCCCCCAGGAUGCCAGGGAAGCUCUGCCCUCCUCUCCCCGACGGCUGCCCACCUGUCUUGGGCCACAUCACCUGGAAGCCCCACUGAGGAAGACUAGUCCUCUGGAGCACCUAGCACCCUGCUCUGGCAGAGGCCAUACUCAUCCAUAAACCACACCCACCAUAAGCCAUACCCUAUUUAUUUAUUUAUUUAAUACCUGUUUUAAGAAAAUAUUUACUUAUUAUGUAUACAGUGUUCUGCCUG